AUGAGUCAUAGUAAUAAUUUGCAUCAAACAUCAAGUAGUCGAAAAAUCAAUCAAUCAUCCCCUAAUGCUGAUAAGUUGACAACUGUUAGGCAUCAAGCAACUUCCAUACAAACACCAACGUGUACAGUGAGUUAUGACGACGAGGCUGGAGAUGAUGAUAUUGAGAAACGUUGUUUAAAUCAAAGU